AACGAGAACGAGCGAUAAGGAAAGUGGGGGGGCCUGGGAUUCCUCUCAGUGGCGUCAUAAAUGAUAAAGUACUGACGACAAAACCGCUUUUGUAUCGUCUCCGAAGUGUCUCUGAACUUUUUUGGCUUCCAUCUCUCUCAGUUUCUGUGUUGCGCUGAUGAAGAAAGGAUGUUCUCCAUCAUUCUUUAGAUUUUGCUGGCAAUUUCCUUCCGGAGAUCGAUCUUACUCGCUCUAGAAAUCACUUUCCCUUCUUGUUGCUGACUUUGUGGGAAUUUUGGGUGUGUCAAUUGGAGUUGUUGGCAUGUGGAUUGCUCUUGUUUGGAUCCUCGGAUAUGGUGGUGUACUUUGUUUGGAUUUUUGGGGACGUACCGAAGCGGAUUAGGAGAAGCCUAGGCUUUAUGUCUGAUUGAUCGGAGUUAAUGAUCUUCAACUCGAUUUGGGUUUUAGAUUCUGUAUUUUUAGGGUUUCUGUUGCUUUUGGGUUCUGUGAUUUGUUUGUUGAGGUAAGAUUUACUAAAUUUUUGGGGUUAAGUAUCGAUGGAGACCAAAAUUGGGGCUGAAGGACGUCAUUUUUACCAUCCGGCUUCGUCCAACUUUGUGUUGAAGGAGAAGGAUCUGAUGGGGGUUGGAAAAAAUAGUUUCGAAUGGGAUUUAAAUGAUUGGAAAUGGGAUGGAGAUCUUUUCAUUGCUACCCCGCUGAAUUCUGUCCCGUACGAUUGCAAGAGCAGACAGUUGUUCCCAGUUAGUUCGGGAAUCCCUGAAGCUUGUGGGAUGUCAAAUAGUUCAUCCUCUUGUUCUGAUGACACAAAUCCAGGGAGUGAGAGAGGCAAAAGGGAGUUGGAAAAGCGGAGGAGAGUUAUUGUGGUUGGAGAUGAAGAAGAAGGGUCCCUCACUUUGAAGCUUGGUGGGCAUGGUUAUCCAACCACAGAAGGGGAGGUUGCCAAUUGUGAGGGAAAUAAUGGGAAGAAGACCAAACUUAUUGGGGCUUCUUCGAACCGUGCGGUUUGUCAGGUAGAGGAUUGUGGAGGCGACCUGAGCAAUGCCAAAGACUACCACAGACGACACAAGGUCUGUGAAAUACACUCCAAAGCCAGCGGGGCACUAGUAGGGAAUGUUAUGCAGCGGUUCUGUCAGCAGUGCAGCAGGUUUCAUGUUCUUCAAGAGUUUGAUGAAGGUAAGAGAAGUUGUCGGAGACGUUUGGCAGGCCAUAAUAGGAGGAGAAGAAAAACACAUCCUGAUGCUGGUGUCAGUGGAAGUGCCUUGAAUGAUGAUAAGGCUAGUAGUUAUCUAUUGAUGAGUCUACUAAGGAUCCUCUCCAAUAUGCAUUCAAACAGCUCAGAUCAGGCAAAGGAUCAAGAUCUUGUGUCUCAUCUUUUGAGGAGCCUUGCCAGCCUUGCUGGUACAUUUGAUGGGAGAAACACAUCGGGGAUUCUACAUGAAUCUCAAGAUAUGGUGAAGGUUGGGACUUCUGCCGGAACAUCAUCAGAAGCAGCACCCAGUUUGCUUGUGAAUGGGCGAGAAGCUACUGGACAUUUGGGCUCAACUACUAAAACCAAUACAAGUACUUUUGCUCAAUGCUCUCAAAAUGGGCAUAUUGACCAAUAUGUUGAUUUAGCAAUAUCGGAGGUGCCACAGAAAAGAAAUAUUACAGGUGAUCAUGGUGGACCUCUGCAAAAUGUACCUCCUCCAAAACCCACAACUUUGUUUCCAAUAAGAGACAGCCUUCCUGCCAAGGCAGCGGUCACACAGUCUACCAAUGGGAGGAUCAAAUUAAACAACAUUGACCUGAAUAACGUCUAUAAUGACUCGCAAGAUUGUGUAGAAGACUUAGACAGGUCACAGGUCUCUGGACUUAAUUGCCCUUCUUGGAUGCAGCAGGAUUCUCACCAGUCAAGCCCACCUCAGACAAGUGGGAAUUCAGAUGCAGUAUCUACGCAUUCGCCAUCUAGUUCAAAUGGAGAUGCUCAGAGCCGGACAGAUCGGAUUGUGUUCAAACUCUUUGGCAAAGAACCAAGUGAUUUUCCUCUUGUUUUGCGAGCUCAGAUCCUUGAUUGGUUGUCCCACAGUCCUACAGACAUAGAGAGCUACAUCAGGCCUGGUUGUAUUGUUCUGACAAUUUAUCUUUGUAUGGCUGAGUCCACAUGGGAAGAGAUGUGCUGUGAUCUGAGAUCCAGUUUAAGUAGGCUGUUGGAUGCCUCUGAUGAUACUUUCUGGAGAACGGGAUGGGUGUAUGUCAGGGUGAAGCAUCAAAUAGCUUUCAUCUACAAUGGUCAGGUUGUUCUGGACACAUCAUUGCCUCUCAAUAGUCACAGUUGUUGCAGGAUAACUAGCAUCAUGCCAAUCGCAGUUUCCGUGUCGGAGGAAACUCGGUUCAUUGUUAAAGGAUCUAAUUUGUCUCGGCCCACAAUGAGGUUACUUUGUGCACUUGAAGGAAAUUAUUUGGUCGAGGAAGCUACUCAUGACUUUUUAGUGGACACAGAUACCGUCAAGGAGCAAGAUGAGCUCCAGUGCCUCAGCUUCCCUUGCAACAUUCCUGAAGUAAUGGGAAGAGGAUUCAUCGAGGUUGAAGAUCAUGGUCUUAGUGGAGCUUUCUUUCCUUUCAUUGUUGCUGAGCAAGAUGUAUGUUCGGAGAUCCGUAUGCUGGAGAGUGUAAUAGAGGUGGCGGAGACUGAUAAUGAUGUUGGGGGAACUAUUGAGAUGGAAGCAAACAAUCAGGCUGUGGACUUUAUACAUGAAAUGGGAUGGCUACUGCAUAGGAAUCAUGUGAGGUCUAGACUGGGUCAAAUGGACCCUAACUUGUCCGUAUUUCCUUUCAAGCGCUUCAAGUGGAUCAUGGAGUUCUCCAUGGAUCAUAGUUGGUGUGCUGUAGUCAAGAAACUUCUAGACAUUCUGUUUGAUGGAACUGUGGAUGCCAGUGAGAAUCCUUCUGUUGAGCUUGCGUUGUCAGAGAUGGGCCUUCUGCACAGAGCUGUGCGGAAAAAUUGUAGGCCACUGGUGGAACUCCUGUUGAGAUACACAGCGGGCAAAGUUUUGGACACAGCAGGAUCUGGACAAAAGCAGUGGGUCGACCGAGGCUCUGAUAACUUCUUGUUUAGACCUGAUGUUGCUGGCCCUGCGGGUUUGACACCUCUUCAUGUUGCAGCCAGUAAAGAUGGCUGUGAGAAUGUUUUGGAUGCAUUAACUGAUGAUCCUGGAUCGGUGGGGAUUGAAGCGUGGAAGAGUGCUCGUGAUAACACAGGCUGCACACCAGAAGAUUAUGCCCGGCUGAGGGGGCACUACUCCUACAUCCAUCUGGUUCACAGAAAAGUUAAUAAGAAAUCAGAAGCUGGGCAUGUAAUCCUCGACAUGCCUGGAGUUCUCUCAGUUUGCAACACUAGCAAGAAACAAACGAAUGGACUGAAAUUAGGCAAAGUUGCAGGCUUUGGUAUUGAUAAGACACAGUUGGGAGUGAUGCAGCAAUACUGCAAGCUGUGCAAUCAGCAGCUGGUCUAUUAUGGCAACUCAAGGAGACUUCUGUCAUACAGGCCUGCAAUGCUGUCAAUGGUGGCCAUAGCUGCAGUCUGUGUGUGUGUGGCUCUGCUAUUCAAAAGCCAACCGGAGGUUCUCUGUAUGCUCCCUCCCUUCAGGUGGGAACUGUUGGAUUAUGGACCGAUGUAAGCUGACAUUUUUUAUUGAAUUGGAGUAUGUGUUAGAUUUAUAGGCUGUAAAUUGAGAUUCUCUGUAGAAACAGGAGCUAUGGAUGGAUAUAAAUCCUAAGAAAUGUAUUCUGUGUACUUAAUGUUGCUCCACUAAUUAAUAGGUGAUACCCUUUAUAGAA